UGUACGCAAAGCUAAAAAAAUGUUGCGUUCCCGCGUUUUAAAUUUCGCGUUAUCACAAACGUUUUUUCUUGUUUUUUUUCCUGCUUUUCGCGAUAUUUCAUGCUGAAAAUAUGAUCGUAUUUUCGUUUAAUUAAUAGUUGUAAUUAUAAUUCACGGAAAAUGGUCAUUCACUAAGCUAAGAACAUUCAUCUGCCAAAAUGACCUCCAUUCAAAAAUGCCUCUCGUCCUGGCACAAGUUGAUUUCAGAUGGCCAAAUCGAAAUCGCUUAUGAGCAGCUGAAGUCGGAAAUCGCGGAACAGAAAUGGACUAUCGAUGAAGAAAACAAGGUGGCUAAUUAUUGCUUGGUUUGCACGAAUAUGAAAACUUAUGAAUUCCUUAAAAAGAAAAUAAAAGAUCAGUCAAUGGCACAGCAGAUAUUCCGAAUGACGGACUUUUGUUGCCGUAUCAUUGGAAAAACAUGGAAGUGUAAAGUUCCAGAUUUCAUAGGUUGUCUACGCGUCAUCUGUGAAUAUUUCCUAGCUUCGGAUAGUGUAUACGAAGCUCUAGUCAUUAGCCAAUAUAGAAUGGAAUUUGUACACGUUCACAAUGAACGCGAAUCGUCAAAAGAUGAGAACACAAAAAUCACCGACGAUAUGGUGUUAUUUUAUCUGCAUCAUUUGCAUAAAAUGCCGAUGAAUGACUUGGAAGUCAUACUUGAUAUAUGGAAAUUCGUAUUAUCACCUAAAGUAAUCGAGGUCACGAGUUCAAAUAUCUCGUCAAUUUUACUAUCGUUCGGGAAUUUUUGCAGUAGAGCAAAUUCAACCGAAGGUGUCAAAUCUAGUCUACUUAUCAUGUGGUAUCUGAGUGAAAUACCUUUGGCCAACUUCACCGAAAAAGAUAUCGACACCUUUGUGAAUAUAUGCGAGAUUAUAAUUCGGCAUUCAAAAACGGAUCAGCUGAAGAAAAAUAUUUCGAAAUUGAUUUGUAAUAUUGAACAAAUGACAUUAUUGUACCGUUCCGGCGGACUUCCAGUCAUUUCGUUCUGCUGCGACAUUCUGCGGUUUUCUGUUUGCCGCUGUGAUUCUUCAAACCCUUCAAUUCUCGUCGAAAAUUGUUGCAAAGGAUUAGAUGCAGUACUGUCGGCCUCCUCGAUGUUAUGUUAUCGUGCCGCAAAUUUUGCUCGACUUGUGCUUGUUCAUGCUCAGAAUUAUUGGCUCAGUGGAGAAAAUUUCUUUUAUCGGAAAUUCUUGCCAAAUGUAUUUACAUUUUUCACCAAAUUAUCAGAAAUACUAAAACGUAUGGAAAUUAGUCAAAAUAAUACCAGCGAGAGAAAGUAUUGCACUGUAUUAAGCUUAGCUAUUUUGAUCACUAACCGAGUUCCUGAUUUAAGUAAAGAAGAACUGAUUAGUAUUUAUUUUCAUGUGAAAGAAAGCAUCAGUAUGUUAUUAGAAACUUACGACGAUGAUUGCGGAGUAGACAACGCUUACAAAACUCAGCUGUUUAAUAAUAUCGGUGUUCAUUCGUUCAACGUUGGUUGCUUGUACAUGAAAGCUAAGCUCUAUUCCGAAUGCGAAGAAGUAUCUUUAAUGGCCAUCGAAAAAAUUGCUGCUGUUUCGAAUGAUCUUGUGUUGAAUUGUUCCUUACAGUCUUACGUCGAGAAAUUGACCAUUUGCUUGUUUCAAUCGCAAAAAUAUGAAAGUGCGUUAAGAACAACAUGUACUUGGGCAGCAAAACUACCACAAUCUCGAACUACGUUCAUGAGUCGCUACGCUACUUUUAAAGCAAAAAUUUUCUACGACGAGAAUCGAGAGAGACAUACUAAGCUUCUGAAUAAAACGUGUUGGGAUUUGAUAAAAGAGGAACAACAGAAGAACUCAUCAACUUGGGAAAAAAUCAAUCUCACCGAUCGUGAUAUUAUGAUUCUUUUGAAAUUAGAACUGAAGCAUUGCCUCACUCAUCAAAUUCAUUCGGUUGAUCUGUUGGAAAAAAUCAUCGAACAGGGUGCACAACAAAAUGAUAUUACGAAAAUCGAGCUGUUCAUUUUAGGAGGGUUUAUUUUCACGCAGUCCAGCGACUUCUUGAGUAAUGCUAUGAAAUUAUUACCUUCCGUUGAAAAAAAUAUCAAGAAAUUGAAUCAAAAAAUGAUUAAAAAGGAUUUCGAUGGAAGCGUUGUACACUACUCAACUACUUUAGGAAGUUUACAUUACGUGAAAUUUCGUAUCAAACUGUUGAAUGCAAGAUGUGAAAAUGAGAAAGAAGUCGCUUUAACUUCAUCAAUGAAAACUCUACCAUCUGAGCCUGGUAUGGAGCAAGAAACGAGAGACGAUUCAGAUAUCAUGCAUAAAUAUCUGUAUUAUAAAUCUCAGCAAGAAUUCAUCUCUUUGCUUGAUACUGCCAUUGAUUAUUGGUCUCGAGCAAUAAAUGAAGUUACCAGUGAAAUGGGUCUCGGAUUGUGCGAAAAAAAUUCGGAAACUCGCGAAGACAUUGAUAUCCAAACACUGAUUAAAGAAACUGCCCUCAUGUAUCGUUUGUAUUGCGCUGAAUCGAAAGAAAUCCGAGCUUGGAAAUUACUUUAUUCUUUGGCUGUGAUUCGCGAAGACGACGAGAUGAUGGUUUACGCUUUAUCAAAUCUUAUAUCGUUAAAUGCUCCGGUGGAUCCGGAAUGGGAAACGAAAGUGGAAGAAAAAUUACCUACAGUUGAAAAAAUUACCCGAGCGAAUUAUCAAUUGGAAAAAAUUCGUAAAUUAUUCAUCAAUGGACGCGGUCUCGAAGGAGUUACAAUUUUAUCGCAAAUAUCCGAAGAAGACACGAAUAGUAAUGUUGUAGUUGCAGCCAAAUAUAAUUUCGUCGUGAGCCAGUAUACGUUGGCAGGCUUCUUCAAAGUCUCCGAUUAUCCCCUGUUAACAGCUAUGCGAGCUUUUUACUUACUGAUCCCAUGUAUUAAAAGGAACUCUUGGAGAAAUCUGUGGGAAGCGUCCGAAAUACAGAGUCUUUUAUUGGAUGUAACAUCAUUUAUCCUGCAGUUUCACGUAGCUGCCUUUCAAACAAACUUCAUUAAAACCUACCUCGAUAAAGCUGUGUACCUGAUUAAGAAGUUAGGUCUCCCAUUAAGGAUCUGCAAAGUUCUGACAAUAUUAUGCACAGUUGGCGUCAUCACGUGUGAAACGGAAGAUAUUUACGUAAAGUUAAACUCGUUAAAAAGCGUUUUGAAGUUCGACGAAGGCGUUAAGGAAGUAGAUUACGAUAAGCAACAUCCUGUGAAAACUACAGCCACACUUUCGCCGUCGAAUUUCAGCUCGAAUACGGAUGUUCGUUUCGUUUCGAAUUUUGGAGAUAAUUACGCGUCUCCGAUUCUGGAAACUGGAUUAAAAUACGAUACGCCCGAAUUCGUCGAUCAUGAGUCUCAAUGCGAGUGCGCUGUCUGCGACGAUGUGCAGUAUCAGCAGGUUUCGUGCGAAGUUAUGUCCUUAAUCGGAAGUUAUAUGUGGUUACUGGGAACUCCGCAUUGUGGUCAAGCCUUGAGUCAUUUCGGUAAUGCUUUAAAAAUGUGUUCGAGAUUACGUGAUCGUUGGAAAAAUACCGAUCGUGCCAAAGAAAAUUUCUUCUUGAAAACGCUAAUUAUAACGAAAAUGCGUUUGGGCGAUUUCUGGGCUUCGAACGAAAAAUUCGAAGAUGCCUGGAAGUUGAAUAAAGAAGCCAUUCAAGAAUACGAAAAUUUAAUUAUACCAGACGACGCAUUACGUUCGCAACUAAUCGAUCAACAUUUAGCUCUGGAAUACGUCAAACUGAAAGCCGAAUUACCAAAGAAAGAACCUCUCCGCAAGAAACUGAAUUUCGGGUCAACUGCAACUAAAACACCGGCGUGUAGAACAACCGUGACGGUUUUCGAAGACGAACAAGAAUCUUCCAGAUUAACUCAAUUGAUGGAAAACAUGGCCAUAACUCCUCUUCCGAGAAACUGCCGAAAACUGUUGUUCAAGGAGCCUACCAAAGCCAGUCGUGCAACGAGAAAUAAAAACAAAAAAGAUGUGAAUACUCCUCCGGAUAUAGUCAUGCAGACUCCGUCUUCCUUACGUUCGAAUAAGAAGACAAUAAUGGAGGGUAAAUUUCCCUCAUCCGAUAUACUAAAGAAUGAUGCUGGUCUUUUCACCAGCCCUAGUGAACCUACGGUAUCCAAUCGUCGUACCAGAACCGGGAGUAAAACACGCGAGCGUGUUCUCGAUUCGGUUGAAAUGACUCCAUCUUCUCGUAGACCUAUUCGCUCCAAAAAUCCAUUAAAGGAUAAAGUUACGUCGUCCUUGGAUGAAAAUAACGAUAUGCCAUCUACCAAUGAUAGCAAACCUGUUGCUUCCAAUUCUAGUACCUCAAGAGUUAGGAGUGAAAAGAAAUAUCCUGCGCUAGGCGUCGUCAAACAAACUCCAUCUUCUAGUCGUACUCGUAGCCAGAAAACCGUCGAAAAUACACUUUCGUCGUGUACUGCCGAAUCAACGGCUCGCCAAAAAAAACGUAAAAAUUAGCGCCAAUUUUAACUCGUAUGUCGUGUGUAAUUAUUAAAAAGUAUUAUAUUUACUUGGUAAGAUUGUGUACCUUUUUAGCUUGAAUAUUAUGUGUAUUAUUUAUUUGUUUUAGUUUUUUUUUUACUAGUGGUGUUUCAAAAUAAUUAAUAAAUCAUGGAAAGUCUUC